CUCUAAAGAUGAUUUACUUAAAUCGUGUUUUUAAGAUAAAGCAAGUUAACUUCUUUAUCUUUUAGAAAACCUACUUGCUAUACAAGUUGUACUUGUAUAAAUAGUAGAGAUCGAAUUGUUUUAGGUUUUUGUGAGUUUAUGUGUGGAGAAAUCACAGAGCUUUAAUUGAGUAAGUCUACCAAGCUUCUAACCUUAUCAUAUUAGUUUCGGAUUUCGUGCAUUACUUACCUAUCAUAUACUAGGUUUCAUUACUUGUAUUGGUUGGGUUAUUUGAAUGUGUGUGUUUAAUAUUUACAUACAGUUUGUGUAAGCUUCUAGUGUGAAUCUGAGAAUUUAUGUACUUUGGGAGUACGAGUAAAUCUAAGUGUGGUGCUUAGAUUGGAUAGGAUAGGGUCUUGCUGUGUAGCAAGUUCUUUCUGAAACUUGUGAGUAAAGAUCUGAUUAUAGUAGGUUGUAACUUGGUGUUUGCCCUAUUAUAGUGAAGUUGUUUGUGGUUGAAAUCCCUAAUAUAGGGUCGAGGUUUUACUUCUAGUUGGGCCCUGGAAGGUUUCCUCGUAAAAUCUGUGUGUCUUUGUAAGUUCCUAUAAGCAUUGUUUUAUUAUUCCGCAAAUGUAGUCACUAGGAACUCACAUACAAUUCACCCCCCUCUUGUAUUGUUUGUCUCAACUAACAAUUGGUAUCAGAGCAAGGUUCUCACGUGUAAGCAGAUAACUUUGUUGAGUAAGUUCCUGGAGAGAUGAAUUACAAGGAGAAACUUGAAGAAGGGUAUUCCACCCAACGUCCACCCAUGUUCAAUGGUAAGUUUUACACCUACUGGAAGAACAGGAUGAAGAUCUUUAUCAAGGCUGAAAAUUACCAGGUUUGGCGUGUUAUUGAAUCUGGUGAUUUUGAAAUAACCUCAACCAAUGAAAAGAACGAGGUAGCUCCUAAACUUAUUUCUGAUUAUGAUAAAGAAGAUUAUCAUAAACUUGAGUUAAAUGCUUUAGCUAUAAAAUAUUUGCAUUGUGGACUUGGACCUCAUGAACAUAAUCGUAUCAUGGGAUGUAAGUCUGCUAAACAGAUUUGGGAUCUACUAGAGGUAACUCAUGAAGGUACAAAUGAGGUAAAACGGUCUAAAAUUGAUUUAUUGAUGUCUAGAUAUGAAAGGUUUGAAAUGCAAUCUAAGGAAUCUAUAGAGGAAAUGUUUACUAGGUUUAAUGAUAUUAUUGAUGAGUUAAAUUCCCUUGGAAGACACAUUCCUAUCAAUGAACAUGCGAGAAAGAUCUUAAGAAGCCUACCACAAGAUGAAUGCUGGAGAUCCAAGGUUACUUCCAUGCAGGAAGCCAAGGACUUCACCAAGUUCAACAUGGAACAACUAGCUGGAUCAUUGAUGACUCAUGAACUUCAUCUGAGUUCCAAUACUAAAAGCUCCAAGAACAAGAGUCUUGCUUUGAAGGUUCAAGAUUCAGAGGACUCAGAAGUUGACGAGGAAGAGAUGGCAAUGCUGGUAAGAAGGUUUAAGAAGAUGAUGAACAACAGGAAGUUCGAUAGGAACAAAAGGAGUACAAGUUCCAGAGACACGACUUGUUUCAAGUGUGUGUCUAAAGAUCACUUCAUUAAGGACUAUCCUCUUAAGGAAGGUGACAAAGGAAAGACUAAAGGAAAAGAGUGUUCCAAGGAGUAAAGAGUUUAUAAGCCUUACUUCACGAAGGACAAUGUGAAAAAGGAUAUGCUAGGUGCCUGGGGAAAGAAGAAGAGGACCAACCUUCAGAAGAAACUGCUCAUCUAUCUCUAAUGGAAAAAACAGAUGAAAAGGCAAAACUGAAAUCACUAGAAUCUGAGGUUCCAGUGAGGGGGAACAACACUUGGUACCUCGACAAUGGUUGUUCUAAACACAUGAUUGGAGACAAAUCUAGAUUUCUCUCACUGGAUGCCUAUUAUGGUGGAACUGUGACCAUUGGUGAUAAUAUGAAAGGAGAUAUAAUUGCUAUUGGAAAAGUAGGAAGGUCAAGUUCCCAUGCUAUUUGAUAGGGUCAUAUAAGUAUGAUAUUACAUUUAUUAAGCUCUUGAUAUUAUAAUUAAAAUUUCAUUGUUUAAGGGUGUUUUAUUUAAUAUUCUUCCAUAGACACGAGUUACUACUAUUUUAUUUAGUUGUUUAUAGGAAAGAGAAUUUUGACAUCAAAAUUGAUUCAAUUGCUGCUCGGGAUUCAAGGAAACGAAACCCCACAAAUUGGGAUUACUCAUAUUUGUAUCAAGCCCAAAGUUAAUGAUGUAAGUGAAGCCCAUCAAGAGAGACUUGAUGUCCAGCAGCCCUAAAAGAAGCAGAGAAACCCCAAAAGAGGAAAACACGUUCAUCUUCUCUAGGAAGCUGCUAUAGGAAAUCUUGACCGAUUCUCGCGGGUAACAGAUCAUCAAACAAUAGAUGAUAGGGAUGAAAUCAGUUAAUUAUGGGGGCGAAAAAUUCGGAUAGGUGGUUUUUUUUGGGGGGUCUAAGUUUUGUGGGUGGCAGUACAUCAGAAGAGACAACCAGUACCUACUGCAAUUGAAGGACUGAAACAAGGGUGAAGAACAAUUAAUAGCACUAAAUUUGUUCUCUUCGUGGAAUUAGCUAAGUGAAUCUAAUUGUCACUUUGUCAGUACCUUGUCUACUUUUAGUGGUAUUACAAUUUUGCUUAUUACUAUUUAUAUGCACUAGUUUUGUAGUUGGUAUUGGAGUUUGGAUAAUUAGUUUUGUUUGAUAAGUUUCAUUAUUGAUUAAGCUUUGUUAAUUAGCUAUAUUAUGUAUUUCAUGAUUUCUCCUUUUCUAUUCUAUACUAUUAGUAUGUCAGGCUAGAUUAAAUAAGGGUAGGGAGAUAAAUUAUGCAUUGGAUUAUUGUAUUGUGAGAAUAGAAUUGUUAUAAUUAUUGGGUAUUAUGUUUAUGUCUUGAUUGGAUUGAUAAUUUGGUUUAUUGAUAUGAACUAAUCGAAUUAUAUUUUAGACCGGCCAUCUUUUGUAUAGUUUACUAGUUUGAUUGCUAAAGUAUUAACUUGUGAUACGUAAUUGUCUUUGUUAAUUUCCUUUGGUAGCAAUUAGGUGUGUGAUUGGUGACUAAAACCUUUUAUAAUACCUAAGAUUAUCAACCCUUUGAGUUGCACAAAUCCGAGCUUGUGAGAUUUGUGGUUUAAGUUAACUAUCUCCUUGUUUUAAUGCUGCUAAUUAAUCGAGUCUAGAGAGCUUGUUCUAGAUUAUUAGUUAGUUAGACAAUAUCCCAAGAGCUUGUUUGGUUUAUUUGCACUUGAGGGAGGUUGAGUGCUUAUUUGUGUUCAUCGGUUAACAUUAAGACAUGUGCAUGAUUUAUUUGAUUCGGUGAUCAAUUCAUAGUCCAAUACUAAUAUAUAUCUUCCGAUCCCUAUUUAAUUAUCCUUGAUUUUUAUUGUAUUUCAAUUUUAGUAGUUUAUUUAUUAUAUUUUGUAUUUUAUUCGUCCUAUAGUUCGUAGUAGUUUAUUUGUGAGACCGUAGUAUUAUUUCUUCAAAACGGGGGUUUCUAACAUACACAAGUUAUAGUUUAAUAACCCAAUUCUCUAUGGGAUCGACCCUAGCUUACCCUACUACAUUUUAGGAGGUUAGAGUUAAGUUUAUUUUUGGUAGACACGCGACAGUCGUACCAAAUUUUGGCGCCGUUGCCGGGGAAUUGGCGUUUUAUUUUAUUAUUUCUUGUGUUUUUCUAACUGUUCUUACUAACUUGUCACCUAGUUCCUUGUUCUUGUAUGUGUGACAGAAAUUUGAAACAUCAAAGAUUGAGAAAUUUUGCGGCAAGGAACCAGGGACUUAUAAUUCAUCCUUUUUCUACUCUUCCUGUAGCUAAAAGGACUCGUGCUCAUAUACUGGAGCAAGCUCGUCAUAUUCCGUUACCUCACAGUGAAAGUUCAUCUUCGGACGAGGAGGGUGAAUAUAUUUUUGAGAUGGGUGAUCAAACACUAAAGCAGCUUGCAGCUCCAACGUUUGAUCCAAAUUUAUUGAGCAUAGUAGACGAUGAGGCAGAAAUUGAGAUCAAGCCGGGGUUGAUUAGAGCUCUUCCCACAUUUUCAGGUUUCCGUAAUACUAACUCCUUGGGUUCAGUUCACAUGAAUGAGGCUAGCAGAUUUUUGAAGGAAUUUCACAUAGCAUGUGCGGGGAUGAAACCGGCUGGUGUCACCCUCGACCAGCUCAAGUUGAAGGCAUUUCCUUUAGCCUUGUCUGAUGCUGCCAAGGAGUGGUUAUUUGAAGUACCUGCUGGAACCAUCACAACAUGGGAUCAAAUGCUAAAAGUAUUCGCAGAAAGAUAUUUUCCAGCAUCUUUGAUAGCCAAUAUCAGGAAAGAAAUAUGUGGAAUUCGACAGGACGAUGCAGAGACACUUCAUGAGUACUGGGAACGUUUCAAGAAACUAUGUGAUAGUUGCCCAAACCAUCAGAUCAGUGAGCAAUUAUUAAUACAGUACUUUUACGAAGGACUCAGGGAGACAGACAGGAAUCUAGUUGAUGCAGCAAGUGGUGGAGCACUAGUUGACAAAACACCCGCAGAGGCAAAGAAACUGAUUGCAAACAUGGCUGCAAACUCUCAGUAUCGAGGAGGUCGAAAUAUCACGUCCACCUCUAUACGUCAAGUUAAUGAAGUGGUGAGUUCUAACCUCGAGCAACAAGUAGCUAAACUCACUUCCUUAGUGGAGCGAGUAAUGAUCGAAAAAGGGCAAGAAAAAGUAUGUGGCCUUUGUUCAAUGGUAGGACACCCAACUGAUAUGUGUCCUACUCUGCAAGAAGAAGAAGUGAAUUCGAUUGGUGGUGGUCAGGGGCAGCAAAGACGUUAUGAUCCAUUCUCUCAGACUUAUAAUCCGGGGUGGAGAGAUCAUCCAAACCUGAGAUAUGGUAAUGCUCAGCAGCAGGCAGGCAACUCUAACCUCAGACCACCAGCUUUCCAGCAACAGCAAGCUUCUAAUCCUCCACCUGGGUUUCAUCAGCAACCACAAUAUCAGCCGCGACCUCAAAAUCAACAAGUUUCCCAGUCACAAUCUGGUAGCAUGUCUCUGGAAGAUAUUGUGAAGGUAAUGGCUGACAACACUUUGCAUUUCCAGCAAGAGACAAGAAGUGGUCUAAAGAACUUGGAGAACCAAGUUUCUCAGUUAGCUAACACAGUGGGAAAGCUCCAAGCUCAGAACUCUAACAAGCUUCCGAGUCAGCCAGAGAGAAAUCCAAAGGAGAAUGCGAGUGCAAUCUCCCUUAGAAGUGGCAAGCAAUUAGAGGUUCCAGCGAAAAAGACUGAAAGGCUGGCAGCACACCAAGAGGAACAAGAGACUAUUGUUCCAGAGCAAGAUAAGCAGCCCACUAAGGUAAAAGAUGUUGUUUCUCCUAAUACUGAUCAGUUUAAUUCUUCUGUUCCAUUUCCUAGCAGGUUAUCAUCUAAGAAUAAGAAGAGAGAGCAAGAAAAGGAGAAAGAGACCCUGGACAUUUUUCGCAAGGUUGAGGUAAACAUACCUUUACUGGAAGCUAUAAGACAAGUGCCGCGGUAUGCAAAGUUUUUGAAGGAGUUAUGCACUAACAAGAGGAGAUUGAGUGGAGAUGAAAAAGUCAGUGUAAGUGAGAAUGUGUCUGCUGUUUUACAGAGGAAAGUUCCUCCAAAGUGCAAGGAUCCAGGUAUUUUUACUAUACCAUGUAAAAUAGGUAACACGAGAUACGAUAAAUGCAUGCUAGAUUUAGGAGCUUCUAUUAAUGUCAUGCCUUUAUAUAUCUAUAAAGCUCUGAACUUAGGACCUUUGAAAGACACUCGAGUGAUUAUUCAGCUUGCUGACCGUUCUAAUACAUACCCUGUAGGAGUAGUUGAGGAUGUUUUAGUGCAAGUGAAUGAACUGGUAUUUCCUGCUGAUUUUUAUGUUUUAGAUAUGCCAAAUGAUGAAUCCCCUAGUGCAGCACCUAUCUUAUUAGGAAGACCUUUUCUGAAAACAUCUAGAACUAAAAUUGAUGUUCACAGUGGGGUGUUGACCAUGGAAUUCGAUGGGGAGGUUAUCCGGUUUAAUUUAUUUGAUGCCAUGAGAUAUCCCUCUGAUUGUGAAUCUGUUUCUAGUAUAGAUGUCAUUGAUGCACUAACUGAGCAGGUAUUCUUUCUCUCUGGUCAUGAUGGGUUAGAUGUUGUUUUGACUGCGCCUAUGGAAAAAGAAAAGUAUACUGACUUGCAGGAACAUUUUGAGCUUAAGGGGGAAGUUAAGGAAGCUUUUUCCUCUCUGGAAAUACUUCCUGAUAAGCAAUUAAGGUAUGACAAACGGUUUAUGCAGUUACCUGUCACUUCUAACAGAUUGUUACCUUCUAUUGUACAGGCCCCUGAAGUGGAACUAAAGCCACUGCCAGACCAUCUCAAGUAUGCAUUUUUGGGAGAAAAUGACACUUUGCCAGUCAUAAUCGCGAGUAAUCUAACUCCGAAUCAAGAGCAAAAGCUGGUGCAAGUUCUGAAGGAACAUAAAACAGCUCUAGGGUGGACAGUUGCUGAUAUAAAAGGAAUUAGCCCCUCUAUGUGUCAGCAUAGAAUCUUAUUAGAAGAGGGAGCUAAACCCGUGAGACAAGUGCAGCGACGACUUAAUCCACCUAUGAUGGAAGUGGUGAAGAAAGAAGUAAUGAAGCUUCUUAAAGUAGGGGUGAUAUACCCUAUAUCAGAUAGCCCUUGGGUCAGUCCCUUGCAAGUGGUCCCAAAAAAGUCAGGAGUCACAGUGGUGGAAAACAAUAAGGGAGAAAUGGUUCCCACCCGAGUACAAAAUGGGUGGAGAGUUUGUGUAGAUUACAGAAAACUCAAUUCUUUGACUCGAAAAGAUCAUUUUCCCUUACCAUUUAUUGAUCAAAUGGUAGAACGUCUUGCUGGUCAUGCUUAUUACUGUUUUCUUGACGGUUUUUCAGGUUAUGUGCAGGUCCCUAUAACUCCGGAGGAUCAAGAAAAAACGACGUUCACAUGCCCGUACGGCACGUUUGCGUAUCGUCGUAUGCCAUUUGGACUGUGCAAUGCUCCAGAGACUUUUCAGAGAUGUAUGGUAAGCAUCUUUUCAGAUUACCUUGAAAAUUUCAUAGAAGUUUUCAUGGAUGAUUUCACUGUACAUGGAGAUUCUUUUGAUAGAUGCUUAGAACACCUCACUUUGGUCCUUAAACGUUGUCUUGAAACUAACCUUGUGCUUAAUUCUGAAAAAUGUCAUUUCAUGGUUCAACAAGGUAUAGUUUUAGGCCAUAUUGUGUCGUCUGAAGGAAUAAAAGUUGAUAAAGCUAAAAUAGAUCUAAUUUCUUCUCUGCCUUACCCCACCUCUGUGCGGGAAGUUCGAUCUUUUCUUGGCCAUGCAGGGUUCUAUCGCAGGUUUAUCGAAGGAUUCUCGAAGAUUGCGCAACCACUAUGCAAACUACUCCAAAAGGAUUUGGAGUUCCACUUUGAUGAGGCCUGUAAGCAAGCUGAAAGACAAGUUGGUCACUGCCCCUGUUCUACAACCUCCUAACUGGGAGCUCCCAUUCGAGCUGAUGUGCGACGCUUCUAACUAUGCUGUAGGGGCAGUGCUAGGCCAGCGAGUUGGAAAAGUUCCCCAUGCCAUCUACUAUGCCUCAAGGACUUUGGAUGCAGCUCAAGCUAAUUAUACUACAACUGAGAAAGAACUUUUAGCUGUAGUUUAUGCUUUAGACAAAUUCAGGUCUUAUUUAUUGGGUACUAAAAUUAUUGUGUUUACUGAUCAUGCAGCGCUGAAAUAUUUAUGGUCAAAGGAUGUAUCCAAACCUAGGCUAAUACGUUGGGUUUUAUUGCUUCAACAAUUUAAUGUUGAAAUAAAAGAUAAAAAAGGUUCUGACAAUAGUGUUGCUGAUCACUUGAGCAGGUUAGUUAUUGAAGCUGAUGAAGGUCACGCCCCAAUCAAUGAAGAGUUCCCCGAUGAGCAACUUCAUGCCUUGAACGUAGGAACUCCGUGGUAUGCUGAUUUGGUGAAUUUUAUAGCAUCUGGGAAAUUUCCAGCCAGCUACACCAAGGCACAAAAGGACCGGAUGCGUAGUAUAGCAAAAUACUACAUAUGGGAUGACCCAUACCUCUGGAAAUACUGUGCUGAUCAACUAAUCAGAAGGUGCGUACCCGAUUCUGAAAUUCUGUCUAUACUAACUUUCUGCCAUUCUUAUGCAUGUGGGGGACAUUUUGGACCAAAGAGAACCGCACGCAAGGUUUUAGAGAGUGGAUUCUACUGGCCAUCCAUAUUUAAAGAUGCAUAUGAAAUCUGUAAGGCAUGUGAUAGUUGUCAAAGAACAGGUACACUAGGUCCUAGGAAUGAAAUGCCCCAUACUCCUAUCUUAAUAUGUGAAAUCUUCGACGUUUGGGGUAUGGAUUUUAUGGGUCCCUUCAUCUCUUCUUUCGGUUUUCAAUAUAUUUUGCUUGCUGUCGAUUAUGUCUCGAAAUGGGUGGAAGCUAUAGCCACCCGUACUGAUGAUUCUAAAGUUGUUGCAGAAUUUUUGAAAUCAAAUAUUUUUGCUAGAUACGGAUUCCCGAGAGCCAUCAUCAAUGACAAGGGGACACACUUUUGCAAUAAGACAAUAGGAGCUCUCUUGAAGAAGUAUAAUGUGUUUCAUCGAGUGUCCACUGCAUAUCACCCACAAACAAAUGGACAGGGAGAAGUCUCCAAUCGAGAAAUCAAGUCCAUUCUAGAGAAGACUGUGAAUCCAAACAGGAAAGAUUGGAGUCUCCGCCUCAACGAUGCUCUGUGGGCGUACAGAACAGCGUAUAAAACUCCGAUCGGGAUGUCUCUUACAGGCUUGUGUUUGGUAAACCUUGCCAUCUGCCAGUAGAAUUGGAACACAAAGCCUUUUGGGCCGUGAAACAAUGCAAUAUGGAAAUGGAUGCAGCGGGGAGCACAGGAAACUUCAAUUGCAAGAACUUGAGGAAAUCCGAAAUGAUGCUUUCUAGAAUGCGAGAAUUUACAAGGAGAAGACCAAGGCAUUCCAUGAUGAGCGCAUAACACGAAAGACAUUUACAGUGGGGCAGAAAGUUCUCUUGUACCAUUCUCGGCUCAAACUAUUUCCUGGUAAACUCCGUUCUCGAUGGGUGGGACCAUUUGUUGUCACAAAGGUGUAUGAGCAUGGUGCAGUGGAGAUUCGCAGUGAAGAUACGGGGAAGGAAUUCAAGGUGAACGACCAUCGACUCAAGCCGUACUAUAAGGGUCAUCAGGUCCAAAACGUUGAAGUGAUGGAGCUAGAAGUUCCAAAUUAUGACAACUAGCAUGCUGAAAAGGCGUCGAGCUAACGACGAUAAAUAAAGCGCUAUUGGGAGGCAGCCCAAAUUUAUUUUGUUUGUUUUUGUCAUUUUAUUUUUAAGUUUAUAUUUCUGUUUUCUUUCUUAAAAAAAAAAAAAAAAAAAAAAAAAAAAAAAAAAAAAAAAAACAAUCUGGACACUGAAGUUGCUUGUUUUAGUGUGAUUUGUUUCAGAGCACAGCCAGGUGUAAAGUUGCAGCACCAAUCUUUUUAUACAUGAAGCCAUCAGGCUAGCUACACAUCUCAGCAGCAGCCUGGAAGCAUCCAACACGAGGCUCGCUGCAUUAGACAGAACCAUUUUCUCUCCAAUAAUAGCAAGACAUGAGCAAAUUUCAACUUGGGGGAUGCUACUAGGGCAGUCAGUGCUCACAUUCCACUAACUAACUUCACCAGGUGAGCUCGUUUCCUUCUCCUUCUAUUUUCUUCCUUUUAUUUUGCUAUUACUAAUUUUCAUUCAGUUACACAUUGAGGGCAAUGUGUGACUUAAACUUGGGGGGGAGUGAGUUAUGUUUGGUAUGGUAUUGAGUCUGGCAGUCUGUGUCGACAGUGCUUUGCUUAUGUUCUUAACAAUAUUCACUCUACUAUGCUUAACUUUGGCUUAUAGGCUUGUAUAUAUGCAGAUUUUUUUUUAAAAAAAAAAAAAAAACAUGGCUCUUUGAACAAUUACAAGCUGAUGGAAGUCAACGUUGUAAUGUUAUAAUAAGAAUGAAAUGAUUUAGGCAUAAAGGCAUUUGCACCAAAAUAGCCAAAAAGCUUACAUGAUCCACUAAUCAAACAAUUUGAGCCUUAUUGACCUAUUUUUCUGGUUAUCUAAUUCAAAUACCAUUGAUCUGAAAAAAUUAACCCAGAUGUUUACCUUCUCUUGGAUUAGUAGAGCAAUGCAUGUGUAAAGUGGAUUAUCAGUGUGGCAGUGUUUUAUUCUAAUUAAUGUUUCAUAUUAAAGGCUCUGCGUACCAAUGGAUGGGAUCAAAAAAAAAAAAAAAAAAAAAAAAAAAAAA